ACGUAAACAAUUCGAACUUCGCUGCCAAAUGGGUUUGGAAAUUCUUUGCAUAAAUAGCUGAAACGUGUCGCUGCGAAGAUGGCCGAUACGGGGGAAGUGCCAGUAGGGGUCUACCUGAAUAAAUGCUGCCGAUUAUGCUUGGUUGCGGAUGAGAAGCAGCAGUACGGGAAUAUCUUCAAACGCAACCUACCAACAAAGAACAGCGUGUCCAUCGCCGAAGCUUUACAACAGGUCACCGGGCUGGAUGUUUCCAGUGAUACUCGCCUGCCGGAGCGAAUCUGUGACGAUUGUUGCAGGAAGCUGGAGGACGCGUUCCAUUUCAUCAAUGAAGUUGUCAGUAACAACGUUGUCCUGAUAGAUAUGGUCAACUCCGAAACGAUUACUAGAGAGCAAACUGCCGGGUUCGUCCUCGAACUUGGGGACAAUAGUGAAAGUGAACCACCCGGGGGGACGGCCCCGGAAGUUCCAGCUCGAAAGCAAAGGGAAAAGACGCCCGGUUCCGUUGAUGGCGAAUCUAGCGGGACAUGUUCCGAUGGGGAACUGAAUGCUGACGAACUGGAUGCGGUUAAUUUGAUACUUAAGAAUUUUUCCAAUCAGCCUGAUAAGAAAUCUAGGGCAUCAUACGGUAAAACACAAGCAAAGACACAUAAGUGCGCCCAGUGCGAAAAAGUGUUCCACAAGAAGUCGAAUCUCAUCGAUCACGAGCGGCUCCAUUCGCAAACGAAGCUGUUCCAGUGCGAGUACUGUGACAAAUCGUUUGUGCAAUCCGGCAACCUGAACCAGCACUUACGAACGCAUACGGCAGAGAAACCGUACAGUUGCAACGUUUGCUCGAAGACAUUCUCGCAAUCGGGCGCCCUCAAAACGCACAUGAACAUCCACCUCCAACUGCGUCCGUUCGAGUGCAGCAAGUGCAGGAAAGCGUUCACCAGCAGCUCCGAUCUCCACAAGCAUAUGUACACGCACGAUCGCAAGAAACGCUUCUGUUGUCCCAUGUGUAGCGAUCGUGUCUUUACCCAGAAGGUGCACCUGCGGAUGCAUCUGACAAGGAUGCACCCGCGCUGCAAUGUGGAAGAGAUGGUGACGCGCGGAACGAUGAAAAACAACGGUGUCUCGCAGCCAACGCCGCCACGAAAUCUAAAUCCUACUCCCACCCGGCUGCCUGGAUGAGUGAGUUCGGAUACCAACGGCAAAACGGAAUAAUAAUAAAGAAAAAUGCAUAAUUCCAA